AAUAGUGGGAAAGCUCCAUCUUAGCUGUGCCGUAGGCUGCAUUAAAAAAAGGGAACGAACAGCGCUCUUUCAGCAUCCUUUCAGACAAGAGCACCAAAAUCUGUGACACUGAAUACAGUAAGAUAACUCUUCAAGAAUGGCAACCUUCAACACCACUCACUGGAAUGAGACGACAUCCAUUUACCAAUACCUGGGCUUUCAAGUGCAAAAAAUUUACCCUUUCCAUGAUAACUGGAACACGGCCUGUUUUAUUAUCCUGAUUAUAUUUAUCUUUACUGUAGUUUCUCUGGUGGUGUUGGCUUUCCUCUAUGAACUGCUAGACUGUUGCUGCUGUGCGAAAAAUAAAACUAUGAAAGACCUGGAGAAUGAACCCAAUCCUGUUAGAGCAAUGAUGGACAGCUUCAGAAAGCGCGAAACAGAGGUGGUGUAGGAAGGACUGAUCAUCAGCACGUGAAGAACAUUCACCUCCAGUGAAGCCUCUUGAACCUCACAAACGAGCAAGUCACUUUUUUUUUUUUGCCCUUAAAUAUAAUUAAUAACAACAGUUACCAUUUUAUCUCUGGAUGUGAACUUGAAUAAUUAGCAAAGGUUCCUGAGGGCUUAGCAAAAGGAUGAUCUGUUCCAAUGUUAUGGGGGAAGAAAACAUUUUUGUUUUUAAAUGAACUUUUGUUUUUUUUACAUCAAGUUACUAGAGUAGAUUUGUUUACCCGAACAAACAAAUGUUACUGCAAGUGCUUAAAACUCUGUUGUUUAAUUGGAGAAAACGUUUUAUAAAAUUUCUCAGCAAUCUAAUCACAUACAGGGCAAAGACAGCGCUGUCCUCCCACUGAGGUCAAAAAUACAGAGACAAGGAUGACAAAGAAAGGGGAAAAAAGUUUGAGGUAAGAGGGUUUGACGGCAAGAGAUCCCAAGAGACAGGGGAGGCUUGAAUGAAUGCUCAUCUUCAGCAGCUCUUCUUAUUCCAAGUUCUUUCCUUUUAGAAAAGAGGGAGGUGGGAGUAAAGUAAGCCAAUAUGAAAUCCAUCCCCAAAACGUUAGCCUUCUCUAACCCCCUGCACUAAAAUAUGACCCCUUCUCCCUGCUGUCCAGAGGACUGCUCUCCCCGACUUAAUAUUCAAUCUGUUCAUCAAUUUCUGGGUGUUGAAAACACUAAUACACUAGCUUAAGAUUACACUACUAUUUCCACAAGAGCAUACAGAACCGAGACUAUGAUCCAGAAGAAACAGGAGUAUCUUUCUGCCUCAAGGCAACCACAUCAUUUUCUUCAGGCCCAAAACUACACAAAUCUUUUCUUAUGCUUUACAAAUUACCUACCCGUUGCUCCUGGCUACAGGGAAUUAGAUGGGAUGGAUAUAUCAUUCCUAUCUCCACUUUUCAAAGCAAACUGGAGCUGAUCCCUUUCCUGCCAUGAAACACAAGCAGACAGGUUGCAGACCUCCCACGCUGAUGAUAGUAACUCCACCCAGCUUGCAUGAGGUUUUCAUCAGUAGGUGUCAACACGCUUCACAAAGCGGGUCACAUCACGAUAGACCUUGCACUACUGAUGGUGGGAUGGAGGCACAGUGAGAAGUGACUUCAUUUUGCACAAGAGAAACUCAGCAUACCCCAUCAGCCUGCAAAUGCAUCCUGGAGUUCACACACAAACCUCUCUAACAAAUUGUCUCCAUUACCCUUGGACCAUCAAUUUUUACCUCUAGCUCAUCAGAUUAUUUUUCUUUUAUUAUUGUGCUCCAUCUAUAACUUUUAAAACAGAAGAGUUUUGCAGUUACAAAUAACCACUGAAAUACAAUGACAUAUCUGUUCAACUACCAGCCAUCAGUACUGCCCACUAAGUCACACACACACACACUACAGAUCACACAGAAAACCACGUAGACCAGUGAGAAACAUCCCAACCAGACUGAAAAGGUUUGUAAGACAAAGUUUUUAAUGGUAUUAAAAAAAAAAAACACACAUACACACACAAAAAAAAUAUUCCUGUUGUUAGGGAAACAAAACAGCCUAGCGGCCAAAUAGAAGAGUAAGUUACUACACUGAUCUCGCAGUCUAUCCAUGUCAGAAAUAACUUUGCACUCUGGUCAGUACUUGUAAUUAUCUCUUACUUCUUUCGAUAAAUGCCCUCUCUCAGGCUCAAUAUGCUCCAGCUCCAGAAGGUCUGGACACACUACAGGACUUGUGAUUUUGACUCAUGCUUUUCUUGGUUCAUGAGAUAGAGUCACAAGGUACCCAGGCCACUGCUACACAAGCAGCUACUUUAGCAAUUCGUCUGGAGAAGCAAUCUCAUUCCUUCAAUCACAAAAUGAGACCACCACCACCACCAACAUUCAUCUCAGAUGCACUUCUGGCUAACUCUCACUUGUACCAGUCCCACAUGCAGAGAAUGCUUUUAGCUAAAAAUCAAACUAUAAGCACAGUUAAUGGAAGUCGAUGUCACAGAUGCAAGACAAUUUAGGAUUCAUACUGAGACAUGUGAUGAACAUGUUAGUGAUGUUAAUGACUUCUACUAUCAGGGGACACUGGAAGAUACCUCACCACCCUCUGCUGUAUUUGACAAGGUCAGCCCUGAAAUACUGGUGCCUUGCUCAAGAGAGGCAAGAGUAGCCAUUGGGACAUACUGAAUUAACACGCCUAUUUCCUGACAACGAGCACUCCAAAUAGCAAUAGGAUCGCUUUCCACUUGCGAUGUUUCUACGCGACGUGCAUCCUCACUGCACACAAGAAGGCAGCAUGCAUGAAGUAACAUGGCUAGCCUUUCUUACACUCGCUUCAUGCUCUUAGGCCCCUCCUGAGAAGCACACAUAGUGAAGACUCUUGGGACUCGUUUCAGCUACCUAUUUUACACAUCCAAACAAGGAGGCUGGGUGCCUGCACAAGGAAGAGAAGACAAAACGAUCUUGUCUUGUCUUGCACAGCGCUGGGCCCUCCAUUGUUUCCCACACACAAACUAUGCCAGAGAAGCAAAGUGGCCCAACACGGCUCCUGGAGAUUUCAGCUCUUGAAUAAGGUUGGCCUGGACCGCCGAGACAAAAGUCUUAAGAUAAAGACUGAGACCAUAACCACACCUUACUAUUGAUCAAUAAAAAGAAUAAACAUAUAUGAUCUAUCUCCUUUAUUUUCCAGUUACUCUUCUGAACAGAACGGAGUAAACCAGGCAGUUCUGAUUUUUUUGGCUUUGCAGUAACUAUCCUCAUUGGGAAGGUCACAAAAGUUUCACACGCUGUGGUCUUGUGAAGAUUAGCGUGAUCUCAAUGCCCCUCCUCCCCCCGAAAGAGACCAGGGCAGGUUCUACGAGUCACAGAAUCACAGAACAAUGAGGAACCUGCAGGCCCUACAGAGCCAGGGACUAUAGAUGCUAACAGGCAAUCACUGUGACAUUAGUUAUUAGCUUUGCAGUCACUACACAGCAAAACUAGGGACUAACCUCCUAAUUUCAUUUCUUCUCAAGGGAAGAAUUCUUUAAACAGCAGUUUUUACUCCGUUUCCCCAAGACCAGUCUUUACCACACGCAUAUCCUUACAUACGCCUAACAAUCUGGUGACUCAAAGGAAAAGUAGGUUUUGAACAAAAGGACUUUGGCAAACAAUUGAAGUGAGAAUCUUAAGUUUGAAGUCAGUUCUUACACGUGACUCUGAUAAUUAUUCAGGACCUCUGUCCAUCUACAGAAUGGGUAAAUGAGCAACGCAAGUCACCCUGUGAUGCCCCACAGUCAAUCUGAACAACUGUUCUAAAACCAUACAAAGGAGAGAUUUGGUUUACUCAUUUUCUGUUAUUUUUCUUCCAUCCUUGCUGCUUCUGUAGUAGUUAGUAUAUACUCUUCACAGAAACCCAGAAGGAGAAAACCAAAAGGAGAGUGAACUCAUUCCACAUAAAGCAUUACAGAAAUAUUGAAACCUUUCUGCCAUUGUCUGGAACAAAGCCAGCAGCAUAAAAAAUAGUCUAUUUCUCACAGCCGCACGUUCUUACUGGCAUAAGCUAAUCAUUUUACAACUGCAAAAGCAGUCAUAGAAACAUACAGCCCACAAAACCACAGAACUUUCUAGGCACCCUGCUGCUUGGUCACAUACCUGCUUAAAUCCUCCAGAUGAGAGUGACACUUGAACCGUCUGCCCUCUUCCUGCCUCCCUAUCCUUCUUUCCGCCAAAACCCCUCUUAGCCAGGAUAAACAGUUUAGGAUAUUCCAUAUACAAUUCGAUUCUCCUAAGAGAGGACAGUGCGCCAAAGCAGCUGAGGGAAACCUGGCCUCCCUGGUGGGAGGGUGUUCAGGUUGCCAAAGCAUAACUGUUGUGGAAAUCUUCAUGCUCUUGCCUAAGGUAGGCUACGACACUCUUAGGAGCCUAGAGCCCAGAAGGAGCCUCAGUCAGAGCCUCGAGGACAAGUGAUGCAAGCGGCAUCGAGACAACUGCUUCCUGUCACAUUAGAUGCACAGGAGCGCAGAAGCCCGGUAUACCAGAGGGCACAGACCUCCAACUUUAGCACUGGCAGUAGUAAAGCGAGAACAGUAGCUCUGCGCUAGCUCCCAUACGCAUAUGGAGAAACACCUGCCUCCGUUCCUUCUCCUCUCAACGGGUUUCUGUGCUCGUUUAUAAUUUCUGAUAUCAAAUGAUAUUCUCCAACAAUGAGCUCUUUUGCCAGGUUGGACAGAAAACUACCUUCAUUUAUUUUAAAAUGCCUGGCUGAAAACUUUAUUUGGUGGCCUAAGCGCUCUGAAAAGCUGAAGGUACAUAAUCUCUUUGCUCUCUCCUCACAUAGAAGCUGCUCCACUCCUCCCAUUGUCCUUGACAUUUUUCUCUGCUGUUUUUAGUUUUAUUGUUUCCUUUUUGAGUUUAGAAGAGAGCUGCAUGCAGCAUUCGAGACACGAGCACGCAAUGGAUACACACAGCAGCGUGUUUUCUGUUUUAGCAAUUCCUGACAUUCAAUUUGCCUUUUAGACGUUAGCAGAAAACUCCAUGAGCGCUUUCAGAGAACUAUUCACAAGAGCUCUGAGUUAAUCAUCUCACACAGUAACAGUGGAUAUAGCACACGCCACUGGGUGUAUACAAAUCCUUUUCCUACGGCUCCCACUGCUACGCUUCUCAUUUGCUCACACCGUUUCGGUGCUGGCUUAUUAGUCGCUUAUUUACUACUGAGACUUACAUCGUCAGCAUCACCAUCCUAGGAAAACGACAAAACUCCUGAUCGCAGCAGAAAGGAACCUGCAGAAGCCCUGGCAUUUGUGAACAAAGACUUAUUCUCAGGUAAAACAAGAAUAACUGCUAAACAGAAUAUAUUGAGUAGGAUAAAAAUUACAGGAUCCAUCUUGUGACAGUCUAUGACUUUCAGAUUAUGACUUUCAGAAAUAACUUUUGGGCUCUUUCUUGCCAGACAAGGGUGGGGAGGAAAGGGGUGUGACUUAUUACUAUGCGGUCUAGCGUUUAUUGAUAUUUACAAACGAAAGCCCAGCUUCCUCUGAAGUAAAGCUUGGGCAGCAAGCCUUCUUCCAACUAACAGCAUACAACACAAAGGACAAGGCUUGACCUGUAUAUGCAAUAACAAGAAUUUUUUUCCAUGUUGUGCACAUAAGUGACACUUUAAGAGCAAGAAUGACCACAGCUGCUACCAGAAUUCACAGACUGAUUCAUGCUAAUGAAUUAGAGCUCAGAAGGAGACAGCAGACAACGUAAAACAUCUGCUAAGCAGGA